AUGUCAUCAUUUGAUUCUGAUGAUUUAUUUCCAUUAUUUGAUGAUUUUAAUCCUCAAAAUGAAUAUGAUCUAUCUCUUAUGUUACAUGAUGAUACAAUUGAAGAUAAGACAACUUCAUCGUUGAAGACUGAUCAAUAUGAACUAGAAACACUAUCAAACAAUAAUUCAACAGAAGAAUGUCAACUGCCAAAUCUCGACUGCCGUGUUUGUGGUGCUCCAGCACUUGGCUAUAACUUUGAUCAAAUUACUUGUGAAUCAUGUAAAGCAUUUUUUCGUCGAAAUGCAUUUCGGGAUAUGGUAAUAACUAUUGAAUAA